CUGGGGGGGGGGCGGCGGCUUCCGGGACCGGCGGGUGCUCCUCACCCCGCCAAGCGGUGCCCCCAUAAAGGCCCCCCCGGAAGGGGUCUCCCAGCAGCAGACGCGCCCCGACAUGAGCCUCGAUGAACACGCGCCGACGCCACGGCUCUAGGACCGCGGCACCGGGAGUCUACCUGGGACCCUCGCAGACGCAGGUGCUGCCCUCCCCCGCCGCCCCGGCCCCGCUCCCGCCCCCCCCGGACGCCAUGUCGUGCCGCGACCGGACCCAGGAGUUCCUCUCCGCCUGCAAAUCCCUGCAGAGCCGGCAGAACGGGCUGCAGCUCAGCAAGCCGGUGUCCAGCGCCGUGCGCCAGCGCAGCGAGUUCACCCUCAUCGCCAAGCGGAUCGGCAAGGAUCUCAGCAACACCUUCGCCAAGCUGGAGAAGCUGACCAUCCUGGCCAAGCGGAAGUCCCUGUUCGAUGACAAGGCGGUGGAGAUCGAGGAGCUGACGUACAUCAUCAAGCAGGACAUCAACAGCCUGAACAAGCAGAUCGCGCAGCUGCAGGAGUUCGUGCGGGCCAAGGGCGGGCUGAGCGGGCGGCAUGUCCAGACCCACUCCAACACCGUGGUGGUGUCCCUGCAGUCUAAGCUGGCUUCAAUGUCCAAUGACUUCAAGUCGGUGCUGGAGGUGAGAACAGAGAAUCUGAAGCAGCAGAGGAGCCGGCGAGAGCAAUUCUCCCGCGCGCCUGUCUCGACCAGCAACUUGGGCGGCUCCACGGUGCUGCAGGACGAAUCUCGUCGGGCCUCGGGGGACGUGGCCAUCGACAUGGACAGCCGCACCAGCCAGCAGCUACAGCUCAUCGACGAGCAGGACUCGUACAUCCAGAGCCGGGCGGACACCAUGCAGAACAUUGAGUCCACCAUCGUGGAGCUGGGCUCCAUCUUCCAGCAGCUGGCACACAUGGUGAAGGAGCAGGAGGAGACUAUCCAGAGGAUCGACGCUAACGUGGAGGACGCGCAGCUGAACGUGGAGGCGGCCCACUCCGAGAUCCUCAAGUACUUCCAGUCUGUCACCUCCAACCGCUGGCUCAUGGUCAAGAUCUUCCUCAUCCUCAUCAUCUUCUUCAUCAUCUUCGUGGUCUUCCUGGCCUGAGACACCCUCCCCACUCCCCUGCCUCCUUGCCCUGUCUGCCCAGCCCCACCCAGGGAGCAGCACCUGGACUUUCUCAUGCCCGCCGGACUCGCUGCUGUCUCCCGGGCAGGGUGGGUGCCUAGGGCCCAGGCCCCUUCCUUGUGCCAUGACCUGUGGGUGUUGUGACAUCAAGGCCCCAGCACACUGGUUAGACCCCAUGGAACAGUGGGGGCAGGCGGGGGAGCCCCAGGGCCCAGCCGGGAGGGGCACUGGCACCAGCAUGGGGGAAGCCCCGGCACUCGGACUCUUGCCAGAGCCUACCACCCCUCCCCCCACUUUUUCUGCUGGUGAGGAGUGGGGUCUCGCCCUCUCCGUGCAGCCAGGACUCACUGCCCCCGUUUACCCUCCCUGCUGUGCCUUUGUCCCCCCCCAGGGGCUCUCGGUUCAUGGACAUGGCCCAGUAUACCCUCCACCCCAUUUUUAUUUUUUCUGUAUUUAAGUUUAUCCCUUAUCCCUGCUCUCUGGCAGGGGCUGGGCCUGUGGUCCUCAUAGCUGCCCCACACAACCCCCUUGGGUCUCUCUGGUGUGGCCCCUGUGAAACGCAAGCUGCCCCAGGGGGUUGGCAGAGCCCAGUGGGGGCCCCCAGUUCCAGGAACGGGCUGUACUGUGAUGAUGACCCCCCACCCCCAGGUUGGCCUAAAGGGCCCUUUGUGUUCCCUAACACUGCGUGGCCUCUCAAGUUUGAACUGAAUUCCUCUCUCCAUCCCCCCAGCCUACGCCACGGCCCCUACCCUCUGGCCUGGUCAUGGUGGCUGCCCUCUCCCCCCGGCCCCCUGCCCUUUUGGGCAUCCACAUUCCUUGGGGGGUGCUGCCCCUUUCUGGCUGGAUGAGAGCAGCCCACUGGGGGCAGGGGGCGGCAGUGAGGGAUUGUGCCCUGCUCCCUUCUGGGCACACCCCCUUCCUGGCACGGUGAGGCCGGAGCCGGGGAGCUGCGCCCAAUGGGACAUACAUUAAAGCUUUACUGUAACCCCA